CUGUCCGAGAACAGCAUGGCUCGCGGUGGCUCGCCGCCAAGGGAGUGUUUGGUAGAGACAACUGGCUUGCUGACACAGCCACCACGUCUUGGUGCGAUCCAUGGCGGCGACGACGCGGCUCCAUGCGCUGAGCGUGCUGGAUGGCAUUCUGGCCUUCGUCAAGACGCCCCAAAGUUGUUGCUGUUCCUUGUAAUCGGCGUCACAAUCCUGUACCACGGACCGCCCGAGCGUCGACGCCGCCGGCCAAACAUCCUCGUCCUGUUUCCAGAUCAGCUCCGUCACGACUGGAUUAAUUCGGACACGUCGUCCGACUUUCUCGUGACCCCCCACCUGGAUCGUCUUCGCCAUCAUGGCGUGACUUUCAAGCGCGCCAUUGCCGCGUCCCCAUUGUGUGCGCCAUCUCGUGCGUGUUUUGCGACUGCGAGCAACUACGACCGCGCCGGUGUCCGCACAAACCGCGAGAACCUGCCCAACAACAGCACAACGUACUACAAACUCCUCCAGGAUGCGGGAUACCAUACGAUGGCAGUGGGAAAACUCGACCUGAACAAGCACGACAACCUGCUUGACUUUGGGUGGGGGCGACUUGGCAACGAGCAUGCCGCCGAGUGGGGCUUCACGUCGAUGGUGAAUUGUGCUGGCCCGAUUGAAGCGGCAGCCGAGGCCAUCGAUCGUGCCACAGGGUCGUUCCAUGAGCCGUACAUGGAGUUCCUGCGGCAGCAUCAACAAGCCACAGCAUUUCAACAUGACAUGCGGGCGCGGGAUGGGAAUGUGGCGCAGUACACCAUGACCGAUCCGACGGCGAUGUCGGAUCAGUACUACCUGGACAACUGGAUCACGGACCAAGCGCUGGCAUUGCUCGAGGCAGCCCCGCAUGAUCGCGAAUGGUUCCUCAUCGUGAACUGGAACGGCCCGCAUCCACCCAUGGACAUCACACAAGCCAUGCUGCAUUCCGUGCACCAGCACAGGUAUCCCCAGCCCGUGGACCCUGACGCAGGACUUACGCCCGACCAACACAACCAAAUCCGACGCAACUACGCCGCCAAGAUUCAAAACGUCGAUGCCAACAUCGGGCGCCUCUUGGAUGCCCUGGACGUGGCGGACACUCUAGUCGUGUUUGCGAGCGACCAUGGCGAGAUGCUGGGCGAUCGAGGAUUGUGGGGCAAGCAGUCCCCAUUUCAAGCGGCGAUUGGCGUUCCCGUUGUCAUUGCCGAAGCUGCCAACUUCCCCAUCCUGACGGAUGCCCUUCGCGGAACGAUCUCGACGGCACCAGUGUCUCUCAUCGACGUCGCGCGAACGUUCAUCGACGUCGGUGGCGUGCGCGAUGUUCCGGCUUCCAUGGCGGACGCCACGUCGCUUCGUACGAUCUUGAACGGGUCGUGUGUCGGAGCCGGCCGUGCGGUGCAGUCGGGUCUUGCGUCGUGGAGACUACUCUUUGAUGGACAGUACAAAGUUAUCGCGGGGUUCGGAAAAGACAUGCUCGUGUUCGACCUGGACGCAGAUCCGUACGAGCGCCACAACCUCGCCAUGACGCCAGGCGUGUUGCCACAACGCGUCCAGCACAUGAUGCAACAGUUGCGCGAGGAAGAGGUCAUGGCACAGCACGAUGUGCCACACUAGUUUUAUCGUUCAAUCGAGACUUUGGUCGGUAUUCCGAAACCCCACCAAGGCCCUCGAUGUGUCCGUGCAUGCCGUGGAGGGCUAUUCUGCACGACUAGCCAACAUGCUCCCGCUCGUUACCAGCCAAACCACGACUUGGCACGCAUCUUGAGCAUGCCGAUGCCCAAGGAGCACCAACAAAACGCCGCAUGCAUAUGGACGGACAUGCUCCAGACACACGUGCUGCUCGCAUCCGAACCACCGCCGUCGGCUGCGUCCAGCAACUCGUAUUGCAGCGGUGGCAGCUGCACCAGCGUCUGCACCGACAUCACGACGUGUCCAGUUGACGAAACGAACCCCAUCUUCAUUCGAAAUCUCCAUGCUGCAUUCGAUGUCGCUAGCCAAGUGGGCGUCGUGGUGCCGGGAGCGACACCCCCGCGAUUGUCGUCGGCCCGCCUUCCAUGGUCGUUGUGGAGUGUAUGUACCUCGACGUACAUACAUUCCUUGUCCAGUUUGACAACACAUGACGCUCCGUCGAUUCCUCGACGGCUCCGGAAGAGCGCUGCAAGCCCUGUGUGACACAAGGGCCACCACACGAAUGACUCGUGCGCCAGAGUACUCGCCGCCGUGGCUCAGUCCCGCUCUAUAAGCAAAGCAUGUUGUCUCAAAUCUCGCGUGUGUGCCAAAUAUCAUGGUGGCGGAGAUCACAAGAGCGUCGGUUCCAAGCGCUCGAAGCGCUGUCUCGUCAAACCAUUUUGUCCUGUUCGACACAGGACUGGACGUCGGGAAAUGGAAUCGCCGUCGCCUCCACAACUUGCGUCGACGACGCAGGCGGAAACGUCCCAGGGACGUGUGGCCUGUGGGCAAUCGAGAACUGCUAGAGCAUCGACGACGCUAUCGGUUCCAUCGCUGGAUAUGUCUUUUGAAGGAGCUGGCCGAGGGCGAAGAACCAUGGUCUUCCAGCACUGGGGGUCCCCGUGGAGUUGCCGCCGACCAUCUCAGAGGUCGUCGAGGUUAUCGACUGAAACUCCAUCUACAACAGACAAGUGUCGCCGCGUGUAUACGUCGACGCGACACGUGAUAGUGUUCCGCACCGCCUUGGAAGAUGCCCGAAUGCCGCACAUGGCCAACGGUGCCACGGAAGACAAGAGCGGUUGGUACGACCACUCGGCGCGAUCGCAUGGCUGGGAUUUGCCAGUGGACGACUGUAGGAUUGGCGCGCGUGAUAGGCGAUCCCACCACCGCCAAACACUUGCCACGCCGCCGCCCCGACAGUCUUGCAGGGCGCUGCCAGUCGAAUGUGGUUUGUAAACUCGAAGCGAGUCGUUCCGGCGACUGGCUGGGGAAUUAUAUGUAUCCGCUCGAACGACGUCGUCCGAGGUCGACCGAAACACCCCC